AAUUCCAUAAUUGCGACUAACAACAACAUUGUCAAAGAACGCUCGAGGUUAUUAAACCGAUUUCAAAUUUACCAAAGAAAAUUUCUAAAAAAGAAGCAUUUUAUUUAUAUCUCACCAAGGUUGACUUCACUGAUGCACAAACAUGGCGACUUUGGAGGCAAUUAAAUACGAAAAUGGCAAGUUGCAUAUCCUUGACCAACUUUUGCUUCCACUCCAAAGUGUAUUUGAAGAAAUAAAAUCUGUCGAAGAUGGUUGGCGAGCAAUCAAAGAGAUGAAGAUUCGAGGUGCUCCAGCUAUUGCUGUAUUGGGUUGUUUGAGUCUUGCAGUGGACCUCCUCAAACAAGACUUUCAAUCAAAGGACACCCUUGUUAACUAUGUUGCAGAGAAGUUGGAUUAUCUCGUUUCUGCUAGGCCAACUGCAGUGAAUAUUGCCAGGGCUGCUGUUGACCUCAAGAGAUUUGUGCAGCAACAUUUAGAUAAGGCUGGAGAUGCACAAUCAUUGAAAGGUCUUCUUAUUAAAGAGAUCGAAGGAAUGUUGCAGAAAGACAUUGAGGAUAACAUGAAGAUUGGCCAGUUUGGAAGCGAACACAUCCUUAAGACAGCUGGUGAGGCAAAAGUGAAAGUUUUGACCCAUUGCAAUACAGGAUCUCUAGCGACCGUCAAGUAUGGCACUGCUCUUGGUGUUGUCCGGUCUUUGCAUCAAAAAGAGAAGCUAGAGCAUGCAUUUUGCACAGAGACAAGGCCUUACAAUCAAGGGGCAAGGCUGACUGCAUAUGAACUUGUCUUUGAAAAAAUCCCAUCUACCCUAAUUGUGGACUCAGCUGCAUCUCUGCUUAUGACAAAACAUAAGCUUGGAGCAGUAGUUGUUGGAGCUGACCGAAUUGUUGCCAAUGGAGAUACUGCAAAUAAGAUUGGUACAUACCAACUAGCAAUUACUGCAAAACAUCACAAUGUGCCAUUCUAUGUAGCUGCUCCAACAACAACAAUAGAUUUUAACUUAAAAUCUGGAAAUGAAAUUGUCAUAGAGGAGCGGAAUACAGAAGAAAUCACUCAUGUCAGUGGUGUGAGGCGAGCUGCUGAAGGGAUAAACUGUUACAAUCCGGCAUUUGAUGUAACCCCAGGGGCACUUAUAACAGGGGGGAUAAUAACUGAAUUUGGAGUUUUUGCAGCCGAGGAAUUGGAUUCAAAGCUCAAAGCAAUGAUAAAGUGAUACAGCAACUUUAUGUACUCAUUUAAACAAAGUCUUGAUUUGAAUUUUUCAUGUUUUAUAAGGGUAUUUAAGCUGUGAAAACUCAUCUUUAUAGUAUAUAGAAUGCAUCCUGUACGGCAAAAAUUGUCUUUGGAAUGAAAGUAACAAGGUGUUUUUUUAGGAUUGAAAACAAAAAAAAAUUCAUCUUUUUCUUAAAAUAGAAUAACAAAAGAACUCUUUUUCAAACCAGAGUUAAAGACUCUGGCCUUUUUAUGCAACUUAUUAUUUCAUUGUAAUAAAUUUUUCCCUUUCAGUUUUAGUCACAUUUUGCUUUAUAUUUGGCUAUUCAGUUAAAAACUCAACAAGUCUUGAUCUGAAGCCACUGCAAUAAAAUUUAUUAGCAAAUUUCAACAGGUCAAAGCUUCCAUAAUAAGAAAAAUAGCUACUUGAAUAAAAAUUUGUAUGGAUAUUUAAAAAUUAACAUAACAAAUAGAGCUGCAGACAUACUUUUAAACAAAUAUCUCUGCACAUCUCAAUGAGAGAAUUUAAAAACUCUACCAAAAAUCAAAUCAGAAUUAAAAAAAUUAAACAAAAAGUUGUUGUAUGUUUGUGCUAAACUGAUAUAUGAAAAUAAUUACUUAAAAUCAUGAAAAAAAUUUAAUAAAAAACUUUAUACUGGCGAGUGUAAACAACAGGUGUGAAUAAAUGGGAGGGUAAUAGCCUAAAUAAAAUUUCUUAUGUUGUGGCAAUGCCUGUUUUACCCAUACCACACAGUUAUUUCACGAAUGUAGUUCUGCAUAUAUUCAAACGUGUAUAGAGUGAUUUUGAUCUA